AUGCCUCGCGCCAACGAAACUACCAGCAAGGUCUUUUACAAGGGCAAGACUGACGACUUCGUCAUCUUCGUCGACGACCUUGACAUCCUGCAGAAGUGGAAGAACGACCGUAGCAUUGCAUUGUCCGAUGUGCUUAAUGGCUGGAAGAUCUUCGUGACUCAUGGACACGGCCCCCAGGGCAUCCUGGACACUGCUUCCAACUCCCAGCUCGAGAACGAGUUUGGCACCAAGAACGAGGAUGAGUGCAUGAUCAAGAUCCUCGAGGGCGGCGAGUACCAGACUGCGGUGAGCCGUGAGCGCGAGGGCCCCAACAAGCCUCGCUAA